CAAUUUUUCCUUCGUCCGUCUUCCCUUAGUUUCUUCCUUCCCUCGCCAUUAAUCCUCACAUUAAUUACUUUCCCUCUCAGACUGCCACCCUUUUUCUGUUACUUCUUCUUCUUCUUCUCCGGGUCAUUCACAUUUGCCCCUCCAGUUCCUUUUCUUUUUUACUUCCACACAUGCUCCGUAAUCAUUCGCUUCCACUCCCGUUUCUCAGCGAGAGUACCGGUGAGUUCUAUGAAGUUUAAAUGCUGUCGUAAUUGCUUUCAUCUGGGAGUCUCUCGAUGAUUCCCGCCUUGGGAAGCGAGUCGAAAACCGAGUUUGUUGAUAUAUAGAGUAACUAUAUUAUAUAUAUAUAUUAUAGUGUCGCUGAAUUUGAGGCCCUCACCAGCGAUCUCUGAUUCGCUUUUGGCUCCUUAAGCGUGCGAGUCUCUCAAGUUGACUCGUGCAGCUUGGGGCGACCUGACUCGUUCCAAACUUCUUCCCUCUCGAAGUCUUUUGCCUCUCCGAGAAUUCUGUUGUUUUAGGCGUUGCUCAUCUUUAGGAUCAUUUUCUCUGUCCCCUUCCUCUCUUGAAAAUCUGCUCCAUUCACUCACUCAAUAGAGAAGUUAAAUUGCGGUGUCAGUCUGUUGAUUAUAGAAGAACAUAAUUUCAGUAGGAAGGUUUACAUGUUUGGCUAGUCAGGUCUUCAUUGCAUUUACCUCAUUCUUUAUGAUAUGCUGGUUCAAAGGCGGGGGAAUCAAUCAUUAGCUUUGGAUGCUGACCGGAUAUAUCUCCACUUUGGAUUUUUCUGAGCAGCAAUCAUGAACAAUCAACUUCUCGAAAUCGAACCCAAGGAACUGAAAUUUUUGUUUCAACUAAAGAAGCAAAGUUCAUGCUCCAUUCAGCUGGCCAAUAUAACCGAUUAUCAUGUCGCUUUCAAGGUCAAGACGACAGCACCUAAAAAAUAUUCAGUGCGACCAAAUGUUGGAGUUCUUAUGCCAAAUUCUGCUUGUAAAUUCGUAGUGACAAUGCAAGCUCCAAAGGAAGCCCCAGCAGACAUGGCGUGCAAGGACAAGUUUUUAAUCCAGAGCAUAAUUGUUCCUGUUGGAACAACCAGUGAAGAUAUUUCUUCCAGCUUGUUUGCCAAGGAUAAUGACAGACGUGUUGAAGAAAACAAGCUGAAAGUGACCCUGAUCAGCCCUAUCUCUUCACCAGAACUCUCUCCCAUCAAUGGAAACUUCAAUAGUGGUCUUGCUUAUGAAAAGAAUCAGAUAUUUGGCAGAGAGGAAAUCGUUUCCCAAGAACCCAUGGUGGUCCAGAAUGUUGAGCACGAGAUAGUUAAUGAGGAAUUAAACGAUGGAAAAAAAAACGAUGUAAAAGACAAUGAGUUGAAUGCAGAAGAAGAUGAAAGGUCAAAGACUAUGAUGGAUGCGGAGGAACUCAAACCAGAAACAGCAGAAUUAAAAGUGCCGAAAGAUGUGGAGUUCUACAAUGUAACGGAGGAUGCACAGGAAUCGAAGGCAGAAAAAGUGGCCAUGCUAAAUGUGUCAAAGAGUGCGGAGGAGCUAAAAUUAAUGGAAGCUAUUGAAGAGAUAAAGUUUAAACUUGAUAAACUUGAGUCAAAGCUGAAUGAGGCUGGAGCAACGAUAUCAAAGCUAACGGAGGAGAGCAGGCUAGGCAAUCUAGAGACUAAGGCCUUGCAGGAAAAAAUAGCAGCAUUGAGUAAGAGAGGUUCAAGGAAAGUUCAAAUCGGAUUCCCCCUUCUAUACGUCUGUAUGGUGGCACUUGUCUCUCUUUUCCUUGGAUACCGUUCUCACUCUUGAUACUUGCUCAGCAUAAUGUAUAUGCAGCUGCUAA